CCACAAUCUAUCAUCUUCUGAUAUAAAGAAAGAGGUUUGUGUUACUCCCUUCAUCUCUUUGACACCAUCUCAUACAAACAAACAUCCUCAGAAUGGCUACAAAGCCUGCAAUUCCGCUUAUACUCGGGUCAGUACGACCGAACAAUAAUUGUGAUGGAUUGGCAUCUUUCAUCAUAGAUCAAUGGCAUCAAAAAAUCUCAUCAGAAUCCGACUUACCUUCGAUCGUGUCUGCGAAAGAGCUGAUGCCGCCGAAUCUAUCUCUACCAAUAGGACCAUUCGAAGAGCCGCGAUUGUCACAUGGUAUUCAUGCUCCAGAAGAAUAUACAACACCUGAAGUUCAAGAAUGGUCAAAGAUUAUUCGUAGUGCACCUGCUGUCAUCAUCAUCACACCUCAGUAUAAUUGGGGUAUUCCAGGUCAACUAAAAAAUCUCUUGGAUCAUCUAUUCAAUGAAUGGAAUGCAAAACCGUUCUUGAUCAUCACUUAUGGAGGUCAUGGUGGAUCAAAAUGCGCCGAACAACUUUCUUCUGUCAUUCAAAUGGGACUUAAGGCUAAGCUUGUCUGUGAUCCGAUUCAGAUCACAUUGCCGAAAGAAUACAUCUCAGGUGAAAAGCGUGUCAGUCGCGAGAGUAAAGGACAGGAUGAUGCCUUCUUGUUAGAAUACAAGAAUAAUAUUGCAGUUGCCUUGGAUGCUCUGAUCAAUGCAAUCGCUCCGAAGAAGGCAGAAUGAUACGCACACACUCACACCUGUAGUUCUAUAGCACACAAACUUCUCUAGAAUGUAUCAAAA